AUGGCAGACUCAAAUGGAGCAGCUCCACCCAAACCGAGCAGCAGCGUCAAGCUUGUGCUGCUCGGUGAGGCCGCCGUUGGAAAGGUGAGCGCACUGCAGCCAUAAGCCGCCAUUUUGGAGAAGCAAUCUAACACUUCACGACCAGUCUUCCCUCGUCCUUCGCUUCGUUAACAACGACUUUCAACCCAAUAAAGAGCCAACGAUCGGCGCAGCGUUCUUAACUCAGAAAUGCCAACUCCCAAGCCGAACAAUCAAAUUCGAAAUAUGGGAUACAGCAGGUCAGGAGCGCUUUGCCAGCUUGGCGCCCAUGUACUACCGCAAUGCGCAGUCUGCGCUUGUAGUCUACGACAUCACCAAACCUAGCAGUCUUGUCAAAGCGAAGCACUGGGUGGCAGAACUACAAAGACAAGCAUCUCCAGGCAUUGUCAUUGCACUGGUGGGCAAUAAGCUGGACCUCUGCGAGGACGAUGCCGGCGCAGAGGCCGGUGAGGCGGAAGACGGUGGCGAGAACGAGACGGAGGAAGAGCCGGGCACGGCAAGAAAAGUCAGCAUCAAGGAGGCGAAGGCGUAUGCCGACGAAGAGAAUUUGCUGUUCUUUGAGACGAGCGCGAAGACGGGACACAACGUAAGCGAGGUCUUUACUGCAAUCGCGAAUGCUAUUCCGGAGACCAGCUUGAAGGGACCCAGAGGCGGUGCAGGCGGCAACACACAAUCUGCCAUCAACGCGGCGAAUCAAGACAACAGCAAAGUUAAUCUGAACGCAAGAGGCGAGUCUGGACCAAAAGAAGGCUGCGCCUGCUAA